AUUUGAAUUGUAUUGGAUUCAGAUGUUUAAAAAACCGAUGCCAUUCUUUACAACCAUCACUAGAUUGUUCCUUUUCUGGGAGCUUAAAUCUAAUGUAAUUUAUUUCCAUGUAUGCCUAGAAAAAAUGAAUAAGUACAUAAGCAUGUCCCUUUAAAACUAAGUUUGCAGUGUACACUGGAAUGAGGUCAGACAUAAAGCUCCUCAUUGCACACACUGAUUGUUAUUAGAUUUCUUAUUCCGCCAAUGGGCUUGGGUGGGGCGUGGUUUUGACACAAGAAAGGAUAGAGACAGUAGCCGAUUGGCUGUUUCCUUUCGUCAUUAUAUGGCUGGGAAAGGAUAAAGCGGCGUGAGGCGGAACUGUUGUCUGCUAAAACUUGAGACUGCAGAUGGACGGUAGAGCAUAGAAAGGGAGAAAGAGGGUUUUUAUAACCGCUUGGGCUUCCCGCGUGGUGCGAAAGGGGGAAGGCUAUGCAAAAAACAGAGGCAUCGCAGAAGCUUGGGAGAACGACUGGCGACUCGGCGGUGUGCUGAGACAAAAAGCGUAUGAGUUUGGGACUCCUGUGCGACAGGUUCGGCUUUGAAACUUGCAUAUAAGCCGGUGCCUGGGAAUUAAGAGACGCGCACUAGCAAUUGGAAACAUUUUUUUCCUCCUACCCGCGGAACUGAAUCGCACGGCAGGUACCUGACAAGGAAGUUUCUCCCCCCCCCCUUCCCCAUCUGUUAACACUGCAUUAUCUGCUGCAUGCUCUGGUUUUGUUAACCCGACUCGGGACUGGUAGAACUUAUAACUGAAGCGUAUAGGAGUAGUGAAGAAGUGAAGUUUGCAUCAUAGCGAGCUGAAAGCCGAGGGCUGCUCUGCGUCGGAGAGGCGGAGAGACUCCGCUUGCGAUAAAGUGUGCACACUUGUUACUGAACUAUGGUACAGAAGACUAACAGCGCUGAGAACACGGAGGCGGUGUUCGCGGGCGAGUCGAGCGACUCGGGAACCAUGGACCUGGACAUGGCUUCAUCGCCGACUCCUGGUUCCACGGCGUCCACUGGAGAUAAACUGGACCUCGGCUGGUGCAAGACGCCCAGCGGCCACAUCAAGAGGCCGAUGAAUGCCUUUAUGGUGUGGUCGCAGAUCGAGAGGCGGAAAAUCAUGGAGCAGUCCCCGGACAUGCACAACGCCGAGAUCUCUAAGCGCCUGGGCAAGCGCUGGAAGCUCCUUAAAGACAGCGACAAAAUUCCCUUCAUUCGAGAAGCGGAGAGGCUUCGCUUGAAGCACAUGGCAGAUUAUCCCGAUUACAAGUAUCGGCCGAGGAAGAAGGUCAAGUCAAGCAGCUCCAAGUCUGGCGAAAAGGGGGAUAAGGUUAACGGCAGCCCUGGCUCCAAGCCCUCUUUGAAAAAGAGCAGCGGCUCUAAGUCGGGCAAGACGCACAAGAUCGUGCUGGGGAACGGGAAGGCGGCGCUUUCGGAGCCGGUCUCGCACUCGGCGGCGGCGGAUCACCACUCGCUCUACAAAUCAAAGUCUGCCUCGGCUGCCAAGCAGAUCUCCGAGCGGAAAGCCAAGCGGGUCUACAUCUUCGGCGGGGGUAGCCACAGCGUUAGUCCCUCGUCAGUCGCCGUGCCGGCCAGCCCCACUCUGAGUAGCUCCGCCGAAUCCAGUGACCCUCUAAGCCUUUACGAGGACGGAGCGGCGAGCGGCAAGGAGGGACCGGAGUCCCCCGGCGCGUCCAGCGACCACCACCGGUAUACCGGCAUGCGGGCGUCUUCGCCAACCCCCUCCGCUUCCCACUCAUCGUCGUCCUCCCAGUCCUCGUCCUCAGACGAGGAGCUCGAUGACGACCUGCUGGACAUAAACCCUAGUCCCGGUUUCGAUGGCAUGUCGCUGGGAAGUUUCGGCUCGUCGGUCUUGGACAGGGACUUGGACUUCAAUUUCGAGUCGGGCUCCGGCUCCCACUUCGAGUUCCCCGACUACUGCACCCCGGAGGUGAGCGAGAUGAUCUCGGGUGACUGGCUUGAGUCGACCAUCUCCAACCUGGUGUUCACGUAUUGAGCGCGAUCCCGACACGGGGAGGAAGAGUGAAAUAAAUAAAAAAAACCAUGCAUUUGCGAUCCGAAGAUCACCCGAGGGGUGCGUUGCAUACCUCAAAUGUCCUGCUGGAGGAAAGAGGACAGGGUGCGCUGAUUAAAGAUUAUAACGCUUGUGCGAAGGAUCGAGGAGCGGGGUGUCGGAAGGGCCAGAGCUGGAGAGUGUUUUUGCCGGCAGAAGAGGGGGGGCAUCACGCGAGAGCUUUCCCCUAUAGGAGCGACUGGGAUCCUAUUGAAAUAAACACUCGGUCUGAACUGGAAAACUGUGAUUGAUUUGCACGUCGAAUGCGCGGCUCCGGCCCGCUACUUUGUAUCAAUGUUGGACGUUCGGGAACUUUUAUAAUCGCCACGUGAACUUAAGAGGUACAGAAAUAGGCGUCUUAAGCGGUUUCUUUUUUCAUCGUGAUGAAUUUUUGUCCAAGGUGGGUUGACAUUUUAAGAUUUUUUUAAAAAAAAUUAUAGAAAAAAAACGCAUGUUACCCUGUUCUCUUUGCUGAGAUUUCUGUUGACUGUCGGACAGUAAAACUAGUGUUUAGCGUUAUUUAAAUGGCUAGAUGGCGCCACGUUUUUUUCCUAACGAAAUAAGGAAGAAAAAAAUCACCAGCGGUUUUCAUUAACUUCAGGAUCCAAGCGGAACUCAAAUCUGUGCUGAACUUUAUAGUAUACAAUUCAGGACCAAACUUCUUCUAGAGUUGGUUUCUCAGAUCUUAAGUGGGAAGAUUUCUCGCCCAUUUCUCCAUCCUCGUGUAUUUUUUCCCUUGUACAUGUAUUCGGAUGCCAUUUUUAUAUAGAUGUAUUUAUACAGGCCAAACGACAUUUUUCGACUCUUUUUGUUCUCGUACGUCUUGUGUAUUACCCGCUCCGUCUGUCUCAUCCGCCGAAGGGCUAGAGUUUUAACUUUUAAUUUUUUAUAUUUAAAUGUAGACUUUUGACACUUAAAGAGAAGAAACGUUUGAUUAUUUUCUCAGUGUAUUUUUGUACAAAUAUAUAUAAAGGGGGUGUCAAUCGGUGUAUAUCGCUGUUUGGAUUUCCUAAUUUUAACGACCAGGUGGCUGGUUAUCUCAAAAUCAGCUUCCUAUACAUGUUUACAGUUUGAAUCUGCAGGCUCCUUAAAGACACAGUAUCUCACCCCAAUACCCCUGUAAACAUGUGCUUCAACACCAGUAUUUUGAGCAGCCAUUUCUGCGGUUUUUUUAGUAUCUUAAAGAGAUCUCGUAGCUUUAAAUAACAGUUUCUUGGCGUUUUUUAUAACAAAAACUUCAGUUUUAACCACUGGUUGGAAUAUAUAGGCUAUAUAUAUAUAUUCACAACACAAUUACGAUGCCGAUUUGAGUUCGCAAAACUUACGUACUGCGUUUCUCAUAUUUGAAUAUUUAAUCUUUUCUACUUGUCGGCUAAAUAGCCAGUUGUUUUAGUAUCUUAUGGCAUGGUGAAUAGCAUUUGUAUUUCCAAUUCAGGUUUAUAGCUGUUGUGUUUUAAAAGGAAAAAAGAGGAAACGUGAUCAUCUUUGUACAUUUGACUGUAUUAUAAGGAAAGAUUGUGUGUUUAUGUAUGUUGUUGAGCUAUAACGGGACAGGCACUAGAACAGCUAUCCUUAGACACCCUUACCUUUUUAAGGUGGUUGUUCAUGAUUUUUAUAUACCGUUUUAAAAUAACUUUAUUUUCAUUCAUCCUGUGCAAUAUGCUGUGUAGAAUAUUGUUUCGUCUUCUCAUGCCAUAAACACAUUUUCAAGGGGGAAACUCAUGCCAGCUAAUCGUGUCAAGUCACUGCCUGUCAGAUUGUCGAUAUACUUCUGUACAUAAUUUUUUUUCAAUGAGGAAAUAAAAUCAGCUGGAACUGAACCCUACUGCUG